GUAAAAAAACCUGCUGCACUCAACUGGAAGUAACCAACUUGUAUGACAUCAGAGCUACGUCAGCACCUUACGGAAAUACAUUGAAAACACACUCGUCCUAAACCAACAGGAAGAGAAUGAUUAUCUAAAAUCAGGAGCGUAUAGAUUCACCCAGUUCUUCCUUGGUCAUCUUAGAGGACUGUGGUUUUUAAAAUUCCGAAAUCACAUUUAGUCAACACUGUUUUAGUAGCUAGGUUUGGAUAGCACAAGGUGCUCGACGGAGGGACGCCGGACAAAAUGUCCCUCUUCCAGUCCGCAAUUGAUUUCCUCGCUGGGCCCGGUUCGGCAGGAGCUGCCAGCCGGGACCAGAAUGACUUUGUUGGACAGAUUGUGGAGCUUGGUGACAUGAAGCUAAGAAUUAAGCGAGUAAUCGCUGAAGGGGGGUUUGCGUUCGUCUAUGAGGCACAGGACCUAGGCAGCAGCAAAGACUAUGCUCUGAAGCGGCUGCUGUCCAAUGAGGAAGAGAAAAACAAGGAAAUCAUCCAAGAAGUCUGCUUCAUGAAAAAGCUGUCUGGUCACCCCAACGUGGUGCAGUUCUCCUCGGCCGCCUCCAUAGGGAAAGAGGAGUCGGACACGGGCCAAGCCGAGUUCCUCAUCCUCACAGAGCUCUGCAAAGGUCAGCUGGUGGACUUCAUCAAGCGUGUGGAGCAGAAGGGCUCCAUAUCGUGUGACACGGUGCUGAAGAUCUUCUACCAGUCCUGCCGCGCCGUGCAGCACAUGCACAAGCAGAAGCCCCCCGUCAUCCAUCGCGACCUCAAGAUUGAGAACCUGUUAAUUAGUCAGCAGGGCACCGUUAAGCUAUGUGACUUUGGCAGUGCCACCACCAUAGCCCACUACCCCGACUACAGCUGGUCUGCCCAGAAAAGAUCCAUGGUGGAGGAUGAGAUCACCAGAAACACUACGCCCGCUUACCGCACGCCAGAGAUGAUUGACAUGUACUCCAACUUCCCCAUCAACGAGAAGCAAGACAUCUGGGCUCUGGGCUGUAUUCUGUACCUGCUGUGCUUCAAGCAGCACCCGUUUGAGGAGGGCGCCAAGCUCCAGAUAGUCAACGGCAAAUACAACAUCCCCCAGAACGACGUCAAGUACACAGUGUUUCACGAGCUCAUCCGGUCCAUGCUGAAGAUCAAUCCAGAGGAACGGCUGUCCAUCAAUGAGCUGGUCAACCAGCUGCAGGAGGUGGCUGCGGCGCGCAACGUCAACCCCAAGUCCCCCAUCACAGAGCUCCUGGAGCAGAACGGCGGCUACGGCAACAACGGAGCACAGCUGCCCGCGCAGAUCAACAACAUCCACAAUGCAGGGAUGUAUGGUGCAGAUCCUGACCAGGCAGGCAGCGGGUUCCUGGACAUCCUUAAGGGAGGCACCGAGCGCUUCCUCACCAACAUCAAGGACACCUCCUCCAAGGUCAUCCAGUCCGUGGCCAGCUAUGCAAAAGGAGACCUUGACAUCUCAUACAUCACGUCCAGAAUAGCAGUAAUGUCCUUCCCCGCAGAGGGGGUGGAGUCGGCCAUUAAGAACAGCAUAGAGGACGUACGGCUCUUCCUGGACUCCCGUCACCCCGGCCACUACGCCGUCUACAACCUCUCCAAGCGCUCCUACAGACCCUCGCGAUUCCACAACCGGGUGUCAGAGUGUGGCUGGCAGGUGAGGAGAGCCCCCUCCCUGAAGAACCUCUACAGCAUCUGCAAGAACAUGCAUCAGUGGCUCAAGCAGGACCAGAGGAACAUCUGCGUAGUACACUGUCUGGAUGGGCGAGCAGCCUCGGCGGUGGCCGUGUGUUCGUUCCUGUGCUUCUGUCGCCUCUUCACCACGGCAGAGGCGGCCGUCUACAUGUUCAGCAUGAAGCGCUGCCCGCCAGGCAUCGCCCCCUCACACAAGAGGUAUAUCGAGUACAUGUGUGACAUGAUGGCGGAGGAGCCCAUCAUCCCCCACAGCAAGCCCCUCCUCAUCCGCUCUAUCGCCAUGACACCCGUGCCCCUCUUCAACAAGCAGCGCAACGGUUGCCGGCCCUUCUGCGAGGUGUACGUGGGGGACGAGCGCGUAGCCACGACCUCGCAGGAGUACGACCGCAUGAAGGACUUCAGGUCGGAGGAUGGCCGUGCUGAGAUCCCACUGAACAUCACUGUGCAGGGAGACGUGCUCGUGGUGAUCUACCACGCCCGCUCUACGCUGGGCGGCCGACUCCAAGCCAAGAUGGCCUCCAUGAAGAUGUUUCAGAUCCAGUUCCACACAGGCUUUGUGCCCCGGAAUGCCACCACGGUCAAGUUUGCAAAGUAUGACCUGGACGCGUGUGACAUCCAGGAGAAGUACCCCGACCUCUUCCAGGUCAACCUGAACGUGGAGGUGGAGCCUCAGGAUCGCCCUAGCAACAAGUCCCCGCCCUGGGAGAACUUUGCCACCAAGGGCCUCAAUCCCAAAAUCCUCUUCUCCAGCCGGGACGAGCAGCAGGAGAUCCUCUCCAAGUUUGGUAAGCCAGAGCUCCCCCGGCAGCCGGGCUCCACGGCCUUCUACGAUGCCGAGUCGCCCCAGACAGAACAGACGCCAGACCCAGAGCCAGAGUCUCCGCACAGCACAGACACAGACAGCAACGCAAACAACUUCUUCCAGACCCUCGACUGGCAGGAUGUGGGAGGGCAGAUGGAGCGCUCGGACAGCAUGUCGGGCGUCAUGGACGACCAUGACAACCUGAGCGACGCCUCCGAGGACCUGGAGUCCUACUCCUACUCCGGCCCACCGGGGGAGCCGCUGUCCCGCGACACCAGCGAACCCCUGUUCGACGCCGACUUCCAGUCCCCGGCCUCUGAGGCCCCAGAGCCGUCCCCUCCCCCUCCUCCGCCCAGCGACACGGUGGACCUGCUGGGUCUAAACUCCGACGGCCCUGCCCCUCCUCCUCCAGCAGUAGCCCCCUCUCAUCAUCAUCACCACCCCCCACAGGCGGCCAGCAGCAGCGAGGGGGGCCUUAGGGGCUCCUCCAGCAACAGCGACCUCCUGAAUGACCUCUUCGCCCCGGCUAUGGCGGCCAGCGCACACGGUGGAAGCAGCAGUACCAGUGACCUGAUCGGGGAUCAGUCGGCGGGGCAGGACCUCUUCUUCAGCAGCCCUCCCAGCAGCAGCACCCCGGCCGCCACUCAGCCGCCCAAAAUGAAUGACUUCUUUGACCCGUUCGGGAUGGGCUCCGAUCCCUCCGCACACCAGCAGUCCCAGCCCGACCUGUUUGGGGACCUCCUGGGCGCCAACGGAGCCAGUGGCAGCACCGGCAGCGCCAACAGCAGCUUCGCCUCCGCCAGCAGAUCCAACCCUCCUCCUGCCUCCAACUCCAGCCUCUUUGACCUCAAUAAGCUGUCCAAUGAGCCUCCUAAGAUGACUUCGUCCGCAUCGCAGCCAGACCUGCUGGGCGGAUGGGACAGCUGGGCCAAGGGUGGAGCCAGCACAGGACCCAGCAUGAACGCCAUGUCCAGCAAACCAGCCUUCACAGCACCGGGGGUGUCCUCCAUAUCCAAGACCAAGUCACAAACCUUUGAUCCCUUCGCUGAUCUGGGGAACCUGGGAGCCCCACUACCAGGUUCCACCAGCGGGGGAUUCUCCGGCCCCGGGUUCGGCAUGAAGCCUGGCCCAUCAGUGACCCCCAAAGGCGGGGCUUUCGGGGGUGCCGCCGCCGGUGGUGGUAGUGGUAGUGCUGGUGCUCAGGCAGGGGCGAAGAAAGGCGGCUGGAUGGCCCCCAGCGCUGUUCCCCCCAAACUCCAGCCACCCAAAGCUGCCCCCCAGCCCGGCAAACCAAACUACAACGUCAACUUCAGUGUGAUCGGCGGACGGGAGGAGAGGGGCAUCCGAGGACCAGGCUUUGGCCCCAAGCCCAAGGUGAAGGAGGAUGACUUUGGGGACCUGCUGUCCACCCAGGGCUUCUCCUCCAGGCCGGACAGGAAGGGGCCCCGCACCAUCGCCGAGAUGAGGAAGCAAGAGCUCUCCAGAGACAUGGACCCACUCAAGCUCCAGAUCCUGGAGUGGAUCGAGGGGAAGGAGCGCAACAUCCGGGCGCUGCUGUCCACGCUGCACACGGUGCUGUGGGAGGGGGAGACGCGCUGGAGGCCCGUGGGUAUGGCUGACCUCGUCACCCCCGACCAGGUCAAGAAGGUCUACAGGAAAGCUGUGCUCGUGGUGCAUCCGGACAAGGCCACAGGUCAACCCUAUGAAGAAUACGCUAAGAUGAUCUUCAUGGAACUCAACGAUGCCUGGUCUGAGUUUGAGAACCAAGGAUCCAAGGCCCUCUUCUGAGUCUCCUCCUCUUCUUCUUCCUCUUCUUCUCCUUCUUCUUCUGCUUUCUCACCCUCGUCGCUGCCUGGCUGGCUGGCGAUACACACACAACUGUGGCGUCCUCCUAGCAGCAGGUCACGUCGGCACCCCCUGGUGACGGGAGUUGGCAGGUGCAGGUGGAGAUGGAGCCAGUGGUCUCUCUUUAUCUUAUCUCUUCCACUGCUCUCCCUCACCUCACCCCCUCACCUUUUCUCACACCUCUUUAAAGCCUUCUCAAACACUGGACACUGCCAGCUCCUCAGGAGACAGACUCUGGAGAGAGAGAGAGAUGGAGAGAGUGAGAGAGGAGAAGAGAAGGAGGAGGAGUGUAAAGUGGACACAGUAGAGGCAGAUGAGAGGCUCAUUGUCAGACAAUCAAAAGAGGGGGACAAAAGAGAAGGGAGAGAAUGAAAAGGACGAAGGACCGGCCUGGAAAGGCACUUCACACCUCAUCGCUCAUCUUCGACAGUGCUAAUGUGAAUUUUUUUUUAAAGGUUUGUUUUGUUUGACGACUACACACACAUGCGUGCACACCCACCUACGCUGGUUUUGUCACAUCCAACAAGGGACUUGAGAACACCUUUUUUUUUUCUCCCCCAUCAUGGCCGUCGUCAGAAUCACACUCCUGGGGACUGGGUCAACGCCAGAAUGGGUGGUUCCUCCAUUCAGUCCUCUACAAGAGUGACUGCAACUGUGUCAUGACAAUGUCACAGGUUAAACACGCACACACACGCACACACGCACGCACGCACACACACACACACAGACACACACACAGACAUGCGUCCACACCCAGUAUGCUCUGAGCCAGCCCAGCACUGUAUCCUGUCCUACCCUACCCUACAGCCUGUUGCGGACACUGCAAACAUAUUAUGAGACAUUUGAUAAGGGGUUGCUGUGCAGGGUUUGUUGGAGAGAAAAAAACAGGAGUGAUUUCAUCAUGCUGUUUGGAGCUUGUAUUCUUUUUUUCUCUUUCUCUCUCUCUCUCUCUCUCUCUCUAUUUGUUCAUUUAUUGCUCUUCUAGCAAAUGAUUGCUAGUUUUCUAUUACUUCAUUGUAAAUAUUGUAUGUGGAAAUGUUGAAUAUUGAUAGGACUGAAUGACUACAUGAAUGAAUGAAUGAAUGAAUGAAUGAAUGAAUGAAUGAAUGAAUGAAUGAAUGAAUGAAUGAAUUGAUAAGAGAAUGAAUGAGUGGUUUGAUUGCCAUCUCCCUUAACUUACUCCCAUCAUGUAUUUUUGUCUCUGGGACUGCUGUCCCCCACCCAUGCUCUGGGCUCCUUUUUCCCAGGUCCAUUUUCUGCCGCCCAAUUCAUUCACCAUUAUGAUGCGGGGCAAAGCUUUUACCCCAUUACCCAAACUGAGCUCUUUUUUUGUUUUUUGUUUGUUUGUCCCCCCCGAUUUUGUUUCUUCGUCUUAUCUGUACCUCAUGAAUGGACCAUAGAUGUCUAUUUUCUUAUUUAUUAUUUUGAAGGGAGCAUAAGUAGACAUGACAAUUAAAAUAUUAACGAAGCGAAAAGAAGAAACAAAGAAAAAAUCAUAAUAUAUAAAAUUGAAUGUCUUUUCAUGGAGGCGCUAACCUACCUUUUGUGAGCCAGUGAUUCUACCAGGCAUUCCAAAGCAUCCACUAACCUGAAUGUGCAUUUUGUUCUGUUUGUUUGUUUUUUAUAUAUAUAAAGUCUGUGUCAGCUGUAUGGAAUGUAUGGCAAGCUUAUCUCUUCUUUCUCUGACACAAAACAGAUAUUUCAUUCCUCUCCACAGUACAAUAUUUCCAAACCAAUGCCUUGCUACUUUGUUGCAGCCAUCCUCCUUUUCCCGGGUUCUUCUGUCCAAUUCCUUAGUCUUUGGACUAGGGCGUCUUGGAGUGUUUGAUUGAUAGGAGUGAUUGGAAACGAAGCUGAACCAAAAUCAGAUUCAUUUUUGAUUUUUUUUUUUUUUUGGUGAUUUAGUCUCUGGGCUGACAAUGGAACUGGAUAUUAUGAGGAUAGUUGCUGUUUUAGUUUCCUAAAAUGUUAUAGUGCUUUUAUUUAUAAAGCAUAAAGUCAAAUCAAAGAGGUGUGUCAUUUGAAAAAAAAAAUCUAUUAAGUGUUGUCAAAUUGUUCAAAUGCUGGAACGUGAAAGAAUGAAGAACUUGACCACAGUUUGGAGGUAGAGCAUGGGCGUCAGUUGAUAAAGUGCUUAUAAAUUCCUCAAUCUUGUUUAAAAAAAGAAAAAAGAAGCCUUAAACUGUAUUGUGUUUUUACAACGUCAUCUGUAACAUGGCAUGCUUGCAGAUGACAACACAUCUGUUUUCACCCACCAUCCAUUGUGGCACUUGCUGUGUAGUGUGCACACUUUUUUAUGUAAAAGUAAAAUGAUUAAGGUGUUUUCAAAAUGAUAAAACAAACUCAUAUCCUCAUAUGUCGGUGUGAGUUUAACAAGUAUUUUGCUUUGAAGAAAACUUGGUUGAAUUGGGUGUUGGUGAAAAGACCCAAGACACAUUCCAAACAACCACUCAUUUAUUUACAUUACAACAAGCAUGUUGAGUGAGUUUUUUUUCCGCUUUUUUAUUUUUAUUGACUGAUGUCACUGUGCUUGUGUGGCAGUUGCAAUUGAAAAUGCAAUAAGAGUGACAGGGUUUGUCAUUAGGGGAACUCGAGAUUUGAGAUUGCCCACUGAUGUAGAGUUGGAGUUGGAAUGCUGAAGUUCUAAAAGACACCUCAUGUAGCUGAAAAAAAAACUAUUCUAGAAUGAUUCGAGAGUGGAUGUUGGCGAGUGUGGGGUGAAUGGAUCCCAUUGUGACCAAAAUAUGUAGAGCAUUGGGACGGACUUCUUUUGCUCCUAAAUUAGUAAACCUUGCGUUGCUCUGUGUUCAUUGUGUGUGUGUGUGUACUGUAUAUGUGUGUGUGUGUGUGUGUGUGUGUGUGUGUGUACUGUAUGUGUGAGUGUGCAUUUUUUUGUAUGCCUGCUGUGUCUGCAAAGUGAGACAAGAAGUUAAAAAUGCUUUUUGUUAGGCCUGUCAUUUCCAUUCACCCUAUGUAAUUUUCUGCAUUCAUUUUUCCCCAUUCUGUACAUGAUCAAUAAAAAAUAAUCAAUUGUUCUUGUAA